AUGGCGGCUGUGAACAAGUAUGAAAGGGAGGCUGUAAAUGAGUAUGAAAUGGCGGCUGUGAACAAGUAUGAAAGGGAGGCUGUAAAUGAGUAUGAAAUGGCGGCUGUAAAUGAGUAUGAAAGGGAGGCUGUAAAUGAGUAUGAAAGGGAGGCUGUAAAUGAGUAUGAAAGGGAGGCUGUAAAUGAGUAUGAAAGGGAGGCUGUGAAUGAGUAUGAAAUGGCGGCUGUGAACAAGUAUGAAAGGGAGGCUGUAAAUGAGUAUGAAAGGGAGGCUGUAAAUGAGUAUGAAAGGGAGGCUGUAAAUGAGUAUGAAAGGGAGGCUGUAAAUGAGUAUGAAAGGGAGGCUGUAAAUGAGUAUGAAAGGGAGGCUGUAAAUGAGUAUGAAAUGGCGGCUGUGAACAAGUAUGAAAGGGAGGCUGUAAAUGAGUAUGAAAGGGAGGCUGUAAAUGAGUAUGAAAGGGAGGCUGUAAAUGAGUAUGAAAGGGAGGCUGUGAAUGAGUAUGAAAUGGCGGCUGUGAACAAGUAUGAAAGGGAGGCUGUAAAUGAGUAUGAAAGGGAGGCUGUAAAUGAGUAUGAAAGGGAGGCUGUAAAUGAGUAUGAAAGGGAGGCUGUAAAUGAUAUGAAAGGGAGGCUGUAA